AUGUCAAUCUUUACAAAACAAUUUCCAAAUUUAAAACAGUUACAAAAAAAUAUAGCCCAGGAAUUGCUAAAGUAUGAAAAUAGCACAGCAAAAUCUCUUUCGAAAGCUGAGUUGGAAAAGACAAAGACAUACUACAACUAUUUGAAGAAAGUGAAACUAAGCAAAGGCGAGAUUCUGGCAAUAAAAGAUAUUGAUACUAAAUUGGCUGAUUUAUCGAAAAGCAAGUUCCAACAUCAGACUGAAUUGCAAAAUAAAAAUAGCUUAAAUGGAAUCACCGAAAAUACUGCCAAUGAGGAAUUACCUCAUGAGUACAAGUUAAACAACUUGAAUAAUGUCCACCAAUAUCUAAAGAAUCAAAGAGAAUAUUUUGAAUUGUUGACAAGAUACAAUCCAGGUUUGCUUAUGAGUCAAGCUGACAACGUCUCCAAAACUGCAAAUAAGGUCGGAUUAGAAGUUCCUAACUGA